AUGGGGCUGAACUUUAACUUUUCCAAGAAGAAAUCCUUCUCUGUAACGUCCGGCGAUCGGUGUCUUCUGUCCGGCAAGGCUUCACGACCUAAGUUUCGGAACUCUGCUGAUAAAAUUGCAUUUGCUAUCCACUCGAUCUUCCUGGCAAGUGGCUACAAUCUCAACGCCACCGGUCCCCCGGCAUUUACCGACGACGCUCUUGCCGCUACUGUUUCUGAUGAAGCAGAGAUUGAGGGGUGGAAUGAAGUUGAAGACAAUUAUGCUUUUGUUUACUCGAGCCCUGAAGUGGCUUCCAAGAAAGUGCUUGUUAAGUGCCUUACCAUGAACAACCAGUUGCUUGUGGACGCUUUAGCUGCAGGUUCAUCCAAUCCCGCUCAUGUCGAGAUCAAAAUUGAUGAUUUCAUUGGUGAAAGUGAUGACACGAAAUACAGUUCACAGUAUAAAAACUUGGGUAAUCUAGUGAAUUGCAUCAACAAAGAUGUCAUUUCCAAAUUGAAUGGUUCUUCAACAGCAAGCACAUCCAAUGCAACUACAAGUUCUAAGCAAAGCAUUCAAGACAAUGAUAACGAUCAGCCUAGAACUGGACCUUUUGGACUUCAAGAUCCUCGUGCGCCUUAUCAUCCUUCAGGGGUAGUUAUGCCUCCUGUUUAUCCUAGCAUUGGUGGGGGUGAUCUUUAUCCACAACCUGGUGCAGGAAUGUACCCUACAAGGGGUGGUUUUGGAGAUGGUGGAAUGCUUGUUGGGCCAAACGAUCCAAGAUUUUUUGGUAGUAUUGGUGGAGGACCAAUGGGUUUCCCAGGAGGACAACCUGGUGUGCCACCUGGUGCACGGUUUGAUCCAUUUGGUCCACCAGAUGUUCCUGGGUUUGAGCCAAAUCGAUUCGCUAGGAACCCACGUAGGCCACCAGGUGGGACCCAUCCAGAUUUGGAGCACUUUGGGAAUGAUUCAGAUUUCAUAUAAAAGGGAAUGAUCUUGGAAGGGUUUUUAUCGUCUUUUCAUGGGUUUCUAGAUGGUUAUGGUACAUGAAGAUGGUUUAUAAAUUUU